CACACGCUAUGAAAACGUCGGGGCUAGUACAUGGCCUCUUGGCAGUGUUAUUCAUGCCAUGUAUACAUUCUUUUCGGUGGCACCGAUACAAUGUACCAUUCUCCGAACGACUAGGAUUUCAAGAAACCAAAUUCGCGCGUCGACCGGUUUCGACGAACAAGAACCGAACGCCGUAUGCGCCUCCCGGGAAGCAUAAUAGAAUCCGUAUGCUGCCCGCGCAAUGCCUGUCUAAGCUUCACGGAUUGCUACUCUACUCACAGCGAGACGGCUGAGCGAUUAGAGCAUAAUUCUUGCUCCUCUCUUACAUCCAAAUUAACAGCUUAUUUCUCUCCCACCUUCUUAGGAUCACCGGCUAAUAAUAUACUUUACUCGUG